CACAAAAACAUGUCCAAGCGAAAGUACUUAGCGUGUUCAAUCAUUUACAUGGAUAAAACCGAUAUAAAAAAACACAAGUUACAACCAAGUUACCAUGUUGAGAAGAUUAAAGCUGUUCUGUUUUUCUACAUUAAUCAUUAGCGGAUUCUUUCUUACUUGUAUUUUCUUGUGGCCAUCCACAUUUACGUUUUCUAUACAAAGCUACCAUGAAUUUCAAUAUGAAGAUGAAAAGCCAUACGAAAGCCAACUCAAAGAAAUACAUGAUCGAAUAUGGAGGCAAAUUUAUGUCUUACAAGAGGGCGAAGAUUGCGAGAAAAAGAAAAUUCUAUAUUGUGAAGUAAAAAAUAAUAUAGCUGGAUUUGGUUCGAUGCUUCAUCGAUAUGGUGCAUGCGUACAAGCUGCAUAUGCACUUGGUAGAAUGUUUCUUAUCGCACAAAAUCCUUAUAAACAUUACGGAGGAUUAAGCAAUUGGUUGAAACCUGAAUCAAAAAGGUGCGGGUAUAUGAAAAAUAACAUUGAAAAUAUUUUAAAUAAUCCAGCAGAAAAAUAUGUAUCGUUCUGUCUUGUGAAUGAUACUAAAUGUUACUUUAACGGUUACGAUGUAAACAACUCGUACAGGAUUUUACAUUUCAUUCCGGAACCAGGAUUUCCCACACUUCGAGUUAUACCAGGUUCCAUACCGGAACGAACGGAAAAGGAGUUGCGUGAAUUAAACAUUCAUAACACGAAGUUAUGGUUUUCUGCCCAAAUGAUAUCAUAUUUGCUUUUGAGACCGAAUAAAGAGUUUGUUAAAAAACUCAACAGGGUUUCAAAUGAAAUAAAAUUUCAACAUCCUGUAGUUGGGAUGCAUAUACGACAUGGAAAGGACAAAAUGCCGGAAGCCAACUAUUAUCAGGAAAAAUUAUAUACAAACCCAACAAAAAGUUUUUUUGACAAAUCGUUUCCAGAUCGUGUGAAGCGAAAUAUCUACUUAGCUACAGAUGAUACUAAUUCCCACGAAGAAAUUAUAAAUUUGCUGGGUAGCGACUACACCAUUACUGUGAUGCCACCUCGUAUUAGAAGGAAGGCUAUGGAGUUGUAUCAUAUUAAAGACAAACCACCUAAAGAGGUCAUCGAGUCUAUUCUAAUUGAUCUAUAUUUUCUCGCUCAAUCAGAUUAUGUGGUGUGUACACUCAGCUCAAACGUAUGUCGACUUGUUUACUUAAUGAAGUUAGCAAAUCCACCAUUUACCUCACCUGAGUCGAAAAUUAAAUCGUUAGACGUAAAAAUGUAUUUCGAAUAUCAUGGCUUCCGAUUUCACGGUGAUGCGAAUCCUUAUCGCAUGUCCAUCAAAAGUAACAAUAUUACUACUGAAUAUGAUCAGAAGUUACUUCAGUAUGAUGCGUACGAAUUAUUUGACGUGAUACAGAGUCAUAACAGUGAUGCAAAAGAAAAAUUAAUUUACGUGUGGACGAGAUUUCGACCAAACGGAGACGUACAAGGAUUUGUAUACAAGAACGAUUUGAUAGAUUGGCCAGGAUACCCUGAAUACUUUUACUGUCAAUGAUUAGGCUCACCUUUUAUAGGUCAAGCCUUGUUUUAAUCUAAAAUCCAUGUCGAAGUUCCAUGGGCCAGCCAAUGUUUCUGGUGGAGAAAGUUUGGUUGCAGACAAUAUCCCGUUCACAGCUCUCUUCUGAAGUUUUAAAACAUUAAGCAAUAAAAAAGAAAAUGUAUUAUUAUUAAUGUCAUUGGCUGAGAAUAUUUGGAUUAUAAGAAAA